CGUCUUAUUUUUCGAAUUCCUGCCAAGUUCAUUUAAUUUUGUUUACCAUUCUGCCAAAGCAGAUUUGUUAUAUAGUUUCUUGUACUAUAUGACUAAAAUGUCUUGAAAACGCUUGAAAAAACAAUCAUGGAUGACAGUGUGGAAGUCUUCUGGGAUCAUGACUCCCCUACACCUGCUGCAUGGAGAUUGUUACAAGGUCCAAGUCACAAUGAUGAAGAUGUUCAUUGCAGCCCCCAAUUACCAAGGACAAAGAGAUUAACUUCAAGACCUAGAGUGUCAACAGAUAACUACACAAGGUAUGAAGAAUCAAGAAAAGAAGUUGAUCAGAUCAUAAAUGCACUGAGGCGAGCGUCAAGAGAUUGUGAAACAGCAACAUCAAAUGUUGGAAAAAGAUUAAUCAUUCCUGAGUUACCGGAAGAAGAAGAAAGUGAAGAUGAACGACAAUUUGAUACUGUGCCCUUUCAAGUAAAAAAGCCUCUUAUCAAUACAUCAAUGGAUCUAUUAUUUGAUAUGUCAGGAAAUGGAGAAGAACUAGCUUCUACUGCCAAAAGCACCAAUAAAGCUACACUACUUCCACGAAAAUCACCCUAUUCUCCUAGUGCUGAUGCAUGGACAGAUGAUGAUUUAUUUGCAGACGAUUCAUUGAUGUUGGAAGUUGAUAAUGCAUCUAUUCCUACAAAAUCAAUGAAGAUGACUCCAGGAAGGCAUUCAACUGCUCAAAAAUCAAGCACUCCUGUUAUUACAGCAAAAUCAGGUCACAGGAUGCAUCAGAAUGAUGUUCAAACUAGUUCCACUAGCAAUGCAAAAGGAUUCUUAGACUUUUUUAUGGAUGAAGGCAGGCCAACGAAGCCAAGUCCACAAAAGGAAAAAAAAGUGUUACCGCAGAAAAAUAACUAUAAGUUUGUUCCAAAAAGUAAUGCUGCUGAUACACGGAAAAGUGUACUACGAAACAGUACAUCCUCACAGAAUGUGUCAUCUAGUACAAAUUCCAAACCAGUGUUAUCUAAUGGAAAAUUACAUAACGUGCACAGUAUGACUGUAGUAACUAAAGCAAGUUCUACAACUAAUAGUGCUUCAACAAUGCAUACUUCAAAAACUCUGUCAUCAAAUAAUUUUAAUUUAAAACAGACAUCUAACAAACCGGCAAUUCAGUCAGUAGGAACUGUUGCAAAUGGGGCACAUAAUUCAAGUAUUCCUCCAGAGGUGCUAGAAGAACUAAUCAUGGAGGACAGUUGGACAGAAGAUGAAAACCAAGAAAUCAGUAAAAACUCAAAUUCAACAAGUGUAUUAAAACACAAGCCUAUAAAUGCAACAGCGCAAAACCUCCCUAAUACAUCUGGACAUAGAAAUACCUCGUAUAAAUUUACGAGAUCGGAGAAAGUCGAUUUAAAUAAAAAGUCACUACCUCAAAGUAAGCCUACAACAAGUUAUCAUAGUGUUACUGUAAAAAAUAAUUCUGGAAAUAGGAGAAAAUCGGUAGUGUGUAAGGAUGUGUCAAGUGAUGGGUUCUCCUCUGAAGAUGACGAUAUGUUGUUGGAAGCAGUUGCAAUAACAGAAUCUCAACAAUCUUCUUCUUCGAAAGGCUCAUCUCAAGGUAUCAGCUCAUCCAAUAAAAGUGGUUCUACAUCAUUGCCUGCACAAAGUACAAAACAGUCUAACAAAGCUGCCCCUACCUCCUCUCAACCGAAAUGUAGUGCUUUGGAAAUAGAACGAAAAAAGAAGUUAGCCAUGGAAAGGAGAAUGCAGAGAUUAAAACAAAAUCAAUUUAAAAAAUAGUCUUAUGUUUACCUACAUUAGUUUGUAUGAUCACUGUGCAAUGCCCAAUAUUUAUUUUAUGCCAAUAUCAUUAUACACAUUACAUUCUUGAUUUGAAGUUUUCAUUGUGUCUA